UUAUUGUAUUGCACCCAACUCAUUGGCAUUGUUUACCACUACUUGCAUCUGUAAGCUGUCUACAGAUGCUAUGUUUUGUUUUGCUUUCUUCUUCUUCUUCAAAUCUUCAAAUCUUCAAAUCUCUGUUGGUUUUUCUCUUCCUGCCUUGCCGAAUUUUGUGGGUGGAAAAUGCAGCAGUAUCGUUUAGAUAUGAGACACACAGAGGCCCGCAUCGCAAUGACCACCGUGAACUGCCAUUGUCAACAUGCAUGCGGGGGACUUUCUCUUUGUUUACUACUACUUGCAUCUGUAAGUUGUCUACAGAUGCUAUGUUUGUGUUGCUUUCUUCUUCUUCUUCAAAUCUUCAAAUCUUUCCUGCCUUGCCGAGUUUUGUGGGUGGAAAAUGCAACAGUAUCGGCUAGAUAUGAGACACACAGGCCCGCAUCGCAAUGACCACCGUGAACUGCCGUUGUCAACAUGCAUGCGAGGGACUUUCUCUUUCUCUUUGCAUGUGGAGACCGGAUUACGUGAAAAUUUAAAUGGCCUUGGGCGCCCCCCCAGAGCUUCAAGCGACACUCGGUCUUCUUCAAUACUGGUGUCUAUUAAGCCUCCAGAGGCUAGCAUUCAGGGAGGAUUUGCAACGAAUCCGAUUUCACGUGCUGGUCAUGCUGACAGUACCCCCGGAACUAAAAGUCACGGACUGUUAGCUCUAGCUAUGAAGAAGAUCGCAAAGUUUUUCAAGUUGUAAGAAAAGCUGGCACGUUAGACUCAAAAUAGCUUGCCUGAGAAAAAGAAGAUUCAACCUUGUUGAUGGCAUUUCUUAGGAUCUCAUGUUGUUUUGAGGAGCGUUCCAAUUUUGAUUACAAAACUUAAAAUUUAUAGAUAGUGUUUAGUAUAGGGAUCUCAUGCAUGGGGCUAGUGGAGAGUCCUUCUGUGGUGCAUCAGCUGUAUCGGUACAGACACUCACAUGAUAGGCACAUGAUGUUUUUUACACACGCUCGUUCUUCAACUUGCUCUGAACUGUCGCUCGUCCUACUCCUCUGUAUUGUGGAGCUGGAUAGUCUCGAUGGCGCAAACCGGUGGUAGAGGACGGGUCGGACUCGCUUGAAUCGUCUCAGAGCUGCGUCGGCCUUUCGGACCUGCGAUCGUUGUGUCGUCGUGGGAAGAUGCGUUAGAGUUGUUGGGUGGUGCUGCGUUCACGGCAGCAGCGGCGGAGGCGCUGAUAUUGUUGAGAAACGUCAUCGUCGUGGAAGAUUCAACUUCGCCUUCGGCGUUCGUACAAAACGUCAUCGUCGUGGAAGAUUCAACUUCGCCUUCGGCGUUUGUACAAAACGUCAUCUACUCAACAAGAUUGCCAUCUUCUCCGAUUCCUAUUGCCCGUAUGUUAUUAUCUCUGUAUUACUUAUUCAUUUUGGCUUUUGUGAAGAAUUUAAGGUAUUGGGAUUGGAAAUUCAUAAAUAAGCAAUCAAAUUGGAAUUUGAGAA